CAGCACCGCCUGCAGCUGCACGACCACCGGCACGAGGUGCUGUACGGCCUCGGACACGACCUCGACCCCACGGGGGCUCUGGACGGCCUCAACCGCUGCCUCAAGGUCCAGAACUGCCGGUACGGCCGGCUGAACGUGCUGCGCUGGCUGCUGUGGGAGGCCGAGAUGCCGGCCCUGGAGCGCAGCGGCAAUGGCGCCCUGGCGCUGCACUACGCGGCGGCGAGGGGCUGCCUGGACUGCGUCAAGCUGCUCGUCGAGUCCUCCAACGAGCUCAGCGCCAACACGCAGAUGGACAAUGACGUGACCCCGGUGUACCUGGCGGCGCAGGAGGGCCACCUGGACGUGCUGCGCUACCUGGUGGCGGCCGGCGGGUCGCUGUACGUCCGCGCCAAGGAUGGCAUGGCGCCGCUGCACGCCGCCGCCCAGAUGGGCUGCCUGGCCUGCCUCAAGUGGAUGGUCCAGGACCAGAACGUGGACCCCAACCUGCGGGACGGCGACGGCGCCACGCCGCUGCACUUCGCCGCCUCGCGCGGCCACGUGGAGACGGUGCGGUGGCUGCUGCGGCACGGCGCGCGGCUCACGCUGGACCGGCACGGCAAGAGCCCCAUCAACGACGCGGCCGAGAACCAGCAGAUGGAGUGCCUCAACGUGCUGGUGCAGCACGGCACGACGCCGGACUACUACGACGAGGCGCGCCUCGCCAACGGCAAGCUGCACGGCUGCACCUGCAGGAAGGGCGACCCUCACUCCAAAUGCUCCUACGCGGACUGCGUCAACUACAGCAGUUCCCGCGAGCCCUUCUACCUCCACCCGCCCUCCAACGGCCCCAAUGCCAACGGCAAUGCCAACGGCCCCGGCGUGGUGCUGGGCUCGCUAGGAGCACCCGCGCCCGGCGACGGCCUCUACGUCAACCCCAUGAACCACCACGGCCAGCACCACGGCCAGCACCGCAGACACUCGUCGGCGCCGCACAGCAACGGCCACACCAACGGACACACCAACGGACACAGCGGGCAUGUCAACGGGCACGGCGGCCACGGCGGCCACAAUGGCUAUUCGAACGGGCGACACCGGGCCAGCAGUCACAGCAACGGCCACUCCAACGGCCACUCCAACGGCCACAGCAACCGCAGCCACUCGGAGGACCGCGUCAGGGAGUCCUUCUACCUGCACAGCCCCCGCGACCGCGACGGGGUGCCCAGCCGAGUGAAGACCCUGUUCGACGGCGCGGCGGGCUGCAACAAGCCGCCCGGAACCCACAACAACGGCGGGCCUCCGAACGCCGCCCCGCCUCCGCCUCCACCGCCGCACCAGACGCAGCCCACGGGGUUCAAAGUGAAAGUCGAGGUGCACUCCAGCUCCGGGAGCUCCGGCGCGGGCUCGGAGGAGAACCUGUCGUCGUCCGACGCGUCCGAGCGGUCCGCGGGGCUCCACGACUACGAGGACAUCUACCAAGUGCGGGAGCAGUCGCAGCAAGGCCAGGCGGGACACGCCCGGGUGUCGCGGCGCUCCACGUCCAGAGACUCGGGCAGCCACUCGCGGUCCGGCUCCAGGUCGGGCUCCGUGUCCUCGGCCGGGUCGGCACAGGCCGUCAACGGCACCCUGACCAACGGGCACGCCAACGGCCACAUCAACGGGCACGCCAACGGCCACAUCAACGGGCACGUCAACGGCGUAGUGCAUGGCCAGCACGAGCAGCCCCUCCGCCACGUAUCGGGUCAACGGCGAGCCGCCGACGUGGGCCAGGAGGACAAGUCCAUCGCGGCGUCCACAGAGUCGGGCGUGUCGAGCGGCUCUCCCUCGGACCUCGGCCACUCCGAGGAUGAGUGCGAGAGGACGCACGGCAGCCACGGCCCCGGGCACUCCCAGCACUCCCUGCCGCACCCGCAGCACUCCUCCCGGGCGCUGAAGCGUGUCGUCUCGGAGCCCGGGUCGUUCGCGCCGCCGCCGCCGCCACCACCACCAGCGCCGUUGCUCGCGUUGUCGCCCCCGAGCGCCGCCCCCAGUCCGCCCCAGCACUCCACCCCCGCAGUGCCGUCGCCGUCGUCCGCCCCCGCUGGUCCGCAACUACCUCCCGGGCCGCGCAUUUCGCCCGCCUUGGGCCGAGCGCCUCCCCCGCCGUCCAGUGAGUCGGCAGACCGCGUCCCCCAGGACGCCGAGGACGGCGUCGAGGUGGACUACGACGACGGCCAGGGUCCGGGCGCGAGCGCGCACGCGCUGGUCAACAAGCAGUUGGCGCUGCCGUUCAUCCCGCCCAAGUUCCCGUCCAACUCGGCCGACUCGAACCACCUCAUCAAGCCGAGCGAGUACCUGCGCUCCAUCAGCGGCCCCGGCGCCCCGGCCGCGCCCCUCAUCGCCAUCCCCCUCCCGGCGCUGCCGCCGUCACCGACCGCGCAGAGGAAGCAGCACCAGCCCCUGUCAGCCAUCUCCAUCCAGGACCUCAACAGCGUCCAGCUGAGGAAGACGCUGGCCUCCAAGACCCUGUCCGCCCCCGUGCUCCGCCCGCCGGGCCCCGCCAACAUGCUGCAGUCCGGGAAAGGGCCGGCUGACCAGAACAAGCAGGACCUGAUCGCCGAGCUCAAGAUGAGCAAGGACAUCACGGGCAUCAAGAAGAUGAAGGUGGAGCGCGCGCGCACCGAGGAGCGCCAGGAGAAGGAGAUCAUCUCGGAGAUCAGCAAGCAGCUCACGGCCACGCAGUUCGUGGAGAAGGUGCCCGAGACGGACGCGACGGGCAACCUGAUCCCGCCCUGGAAGCGGCAGAUGCUGGCACGCAAGGCGGCGGAGCGCGCGCGCAAGGAGAUGGAGGAGAAGCUGCAGCGCGACGCGGAGCAGAAGCGGCUGUCCGCCAUCCCGGCCUGGAAGCGGCAGCUCCUGGCCAAGAAGGAGGAGGGCACCGAGAAGGUCUCCCUCUACACGCCGCGCGUGGACGAGAAGCCGCGGUCGGAGAAUGGCGACGCGGUGCUCCCCAAGCAGGCCUCGAAGCAGCAGGAGCAGCAGCCCGGCAACCAGGAGCACCUCCAGGACUGCAACAAGGAGAACAGCGUGCCCGCCGCCCAGAACGGCCAGAAUGGCCAGAACGGACUGCAGGCCGCGGACGACCGGUCGGACUGCGGCUCAGAGAACGGCCAGGGCGGCCCUGGGGACAGGGAACCCCCGCAGAUCAUCCCGUGGCGAGCGCAGCUCAGGAAGACCAACAGCACCCUGUCCCUGCUGGAGUAGACCCAAUGCUCAAACUCAAAGUGUACAUUUUAAAUUUAAAUUAUUUAUUUGUUCAUCCUCGUUCUCUUCGUGUUUGUGCGCCUCACGUUUCCGUUUCGGUCUCGCCGUGGGAGGCAUGUGUCGGUUAUCCUGCAGGAAUAUCCGGCAAUUUAUUUAUAUUGUUUUUCUGAUUUUUAAAAAAGAAAAUUGUUUUGAUUUCAAUUUUUGUCAGCAGUGAUCUGGGAAGAAACAGUAGUUCUGCGGUAGAUCUGCUGGUUUGCCUUUUGAACCACCCUUGUGUGAUGAUUAAAAUCUGGAUGAAAGAUAAACAAUGACGUAUGCAUUCUAGAUUAUUAAUGUUUAAACAAGAUGGGAUUGCCAUGUAAAUUUUAGGAAAAACUUCUGCUUGCAUUAUUUACAAGUCAUUUGGCAAUUGCCACUCAUGUUAUCUAGUGAUUUAUGCCUGUAAUAUAAGUCAUUAUUUUAGGUGUUAUGUACAUAUUUAAGUUUUACUUUCCAAACCCCAGUGUGAUGAAAUAUGAUAUUUUAUGUGCAUUCUAACAGUUUGUGUUCAAAGAAAAUAUUUUGAUUGAAGAAAAAGUUGCACUGUUUAUGUGGAAAUUCCCCUCAGAUUAAUACUCAAUGCGCCUCAAGAGUCUUAAUACUCUCUUUACUAACAAACUAUCCUCUGAACUUGCAUAGAUAAUGUGACUUGUCUGUAUUAUAGUAGUGUAUGAAUUUGUAGUAAGCAUUGAGUGAGGUAAAGACAGGACUGCUAUACCUACCUAUGAUAAUAUACGCAUUUUGAAGACUUUUUCUUGCAUCUUGAUUUUACUUUUCUUAUUGUGUCUCAUUAGGUGUGCAUCUUUGUUAAGGAUUUGACUAACUACUGACUGUGAUCCAUUUGAACACAGCUGCUGUGUCAUAAAGGCACUAACCAUCAUAAUUACAAUUUAAAAAAAUUAUAAUGAUGCAUUCAAAAAGCUUCAAUACUUGGUUGUAAUGGGCACAAAAUUAUUCUAGAGACUAGAUUUACUCAAUAGUGUGAAAUUACAACUACCCAGGGUGAACAGUAGUAAGUCACGAUGAAACUAUGUAGCCAUUGUCAGAAAUUGGCACCAAACCCCUGGUGAAUAAAUUGCUAGGAUUGGUUGGAUUUCAAGACUUUUUUCAGGAUGACAAGUGGCAUAAUGGUUUCAUCGUGAAAUUAUUUUUGUUCAAUCUAGGUAAGCUCUUAAGAAGAUUUUGUGCUGUAUGCGUUGAGUAUUUUCACUUUGUACUUUGUUGAUUCAUUAUUCUUGUUGUUGUGUUUGAAGCAGUAAUGUCUUCCCUUCCAAGCAAAUUUGUAAAUAUGUUUAAUGCUAAACUAUUUUGUUAUUGGAUGCUUUGGAAUGACGUGCAAAAUAAAUUUAUUACCAAUGGAA